GUCGCUCGUCGCAACAACGUUAACUGUAGCUGUUAGCAUUUGGUUAGCAAAGUCUGGAGAGGUGUCCAUGUGGAAAUAACAGAAACUUAGAAAUAUUUAUUGAUCAAAUGAUGCAUUGACUGUUGCGUUAAAUCUACAAAUGUGGUUGUAAGUGUUUAUUAUUGUAUGUGGAUAAAGUAAAGUGAAAUCGCCGGUGUUUUUUUGACCAUGUGGAGCUCAGGCCGCCGUGUCCUUCAGGACCUGUUCUGUCAGCCGGCUGUCAGGUCUCUGUCUCUGACUCCAGCUCAGAACACAGUCAUAGUGGAGCGCUGGUGGCAGGUCCCAUUGUCUAAAGUAGGGAGUCCACCGAGGCUGCACCCUCGAAGACACAGAGUCUACAAACUGGUUGAAGACACCAAGCAUCAUCCCAAAGAGAAUAUGGAGCUCAUCCUCACACAGACGGUCCCCAAGCUCGGUGGGCGAGGAGAUACUGUGUUUGUGAAAAAAUCUGUGGGUCGAAAUAAGCUGCUGCCCGAAGGCCUCGCGGUGUACCCAUCACCAGAGAACAAACAAAUGUUUGCUGAGGAGGCAAAACUGAUACGUGAAGGGAAGAUCGAGGGACAACUACAAACGCGCACUGGUCAGUUGACAGUGGAGUUUCUGAAACGCACCAAGUUGAACAUAAAUAAAAUACCUUUGGAUGAAUUCCAACUCAAUAAAGAAGUUGUCUGCAGACAGUUUCUCAAGAAGUUUACAUUAGUGGUGCCACCUCAUGCCUUGAAACUCUCACAAGAGCCAAUAAAGGAGUUGGGAGACUACUGGUGUGAAAUCACGGUUAAUGGAAUGGACACCGUUCGCGUCCCCAUAUCUGUGCUGCCGUAUGAAGACCUGUCUGCGAGUCACCAACGGCAGCUGAAGGAACAGAGGAGGCAGCAGGCGGACGCUCACAUUUCACAACCUGCUGAGGAGGAAGACGCCGAUGUACAAGCUGUUUCUGUCGAAGCGUCCGAGGCCGAUAAAGACUCUGUGGGUCAAGUUAGUGAGAGUUCAACCUCAACACAAGCUGCAGCCGAGACAACUCCAGACACAACAGCGCCACCAAGUGACAGCCCGAAAAAAGAAUAAAGGACUCCAGAGAUUAUCACCUAGAAUGUAAUAGAUUAUUUACUUGUAAUACACGUUACACAUGGAUGAAACCAUUGUCAGAGUAAUUAUUCAAGUGUUAAAGAUUUACUUUUGUGUUAACCUUUAAAUCCUCCAUCAUUAAAGUUUAAAAAUCUCUAAAACUUAAGACAUUCAAAGUCAA